GUCACAGAGCACUGGCCGGAGGUUGCGCAUCUAUUCCACUUGGGGGCGCUAGACUCCCUUGAAAGUGGGUUCACUAUCUUCGCAGUGGUGUGUGAAAGACAGUUCAGCUCCUGAACCCCACAAUUGUUCAACAGGCUUUGGUGCCUGGCCGGUUUCAGAAGACAGAAUCUUGACAACUAGGACACAUUUUCUUCGGGCACUCAUAUAUAUGACCGAGGCAACAGUGUUGUAUCUGGUUUAAACAGGCAAGAUCUUCAAACCCAGGCAGUGGGCAAGUAUGAAGCCUGAACACAGAAUGAUAGCCACAAGACAGCGGACCAGGAGUGCUGUGGCCUACCACACCAGGUCUAUAGCCAUGAAGAAGAUGAUGACUCUGAAGAAGCUGAGCAUGCCAUCCCUCCAGAAGCAGAGGAGAAAGAAUCCUUCUUCCCAGGCCCUGAGGAACAUUGUUGGCUGCAGAAUUUCUCAUGGAUGGAAGGAUGGUAACGAGCCUGUCACCCAUUGGAAAGCCAUCGUUCUAGGUCAACCGCCAACAAACCCAUCCCUCUAUCUGGUGAAAUAUGACGGAAUUGACUGUAUCUACGCACUGGAGCUCCGCAGUGAUGAGAGGAUUUUAAACCUUAAGGUCUUGCCUCACAAAGUCGUGUUUCCUCAGGUGAGAGAUGCCCGCCUCGCCAGCUCCAUUGUUGGCAGAGCUGUAGAACACAGAUUUGAGGGCAAAGAUGGCUCUAAGGGUAACUGGAGGGGGGUGGUGCUAGCCCAGGUGCCGAUCAUGAAGGCCUGGUUUUACAUAACCUACGAGAAGGAUCCGGUCCUCUACAUCUAUCAGCUCCUGGAUGACUACACAAAAGGUAACCUCCGCAUCCUUCCAGGGACUCCUCCGGCAGAGGUGAGGUCAGAUGCUGACAGCGACAUCUUGAUAGGUAAAUUCGUGAAGCACACCAGAGGCGACGGGUCCAAAAAGAUCGGCAAGAUUGUUUGCCAAGUUCUAGCCAAGCCUUCCGUGUACUUUAUCAAGUUUGAUGGUGACGUCCAUAUCUACAUCUAUAAUCUGGUGAAAAGAUCCCUUAGGGUGAAAUUCACAAAGUGUGGGGACGUAGAUGGAUAACUUAUGGGAAAAAAAAAAUAAAUGUUUUCAAGUGUGUUGGGUACCUAAGGGUCUUUGACAACCCCAGUACCUUUGCCAAUGGAAUUUGUUUUGCUCUAAAAUUUAAAACGUGUGUUAUGACGUGCUGUGUGUGAACACUUUGGUGGAAGAGAUGGGCUAUGGUGGAAGGAACAUCAAAGGAAGAUGAAAGCAUCAACUCAGGCUAUGAACAAUAAGUAAGCCUAAUGUCACACAGGCGAAAAUGGAUGGGACUUAGUUGCUCUGGUCUGCAGGGAAAGCAAAGAACUAGAGAUGGGACUUGGAGGAGUAGGGAUGGCAGAAAAAGAUGGAUAUUUAGGAAGCAGGGGAGAGGGACCGGACAUAGGUGGACUCUCUGGGGUGAAGUCUGAGGGAGAAACAUACAGUUGGGGAAAGAGUGACAGAUAAAAGGAAUGUGGUCUUGGAACACAAGGGGAAACCCUAAUAAACUGAUCCAAACAGACUCAGAAAUCAGAGAAAAUCACGUUUCAUUUGACUAAUGAAACUUGUCUUUCUUUUGAAGAUUUAUUUUUUACUUAUGUGCAUGGGGGUAGGGCAUGUGCUUGUGAGUACAGAUGACCACAGAGACAAGAGUUGCCGGGUCUCCUGGAGCUGGCGUUCAAGGUGGUUGUGAGCCAUUGGAUGUGAAUGCAAGAAACCAACGCCAGGUCUUCUUCGAGAGCAAAAGUGCUCUUGACCACUGAGUCAUCUCUCUAAGCCCCUAAAGUCAUCUUUUAAAUAAAUUCAAUAUUCACAUGCAGAAGAGAGACCAGGAUGAAGGAAAGAGAGAUCAAAUUGAUGGUGAUCUGGGGAAAGACUAAAGGAUACAUAAAGGAGUAGAGAACACUGAGGGACGAAUGAAUUCCAAGAUGGAGUUCUCAAAAAGCGAAGCAGGAGACCCAGGAAGAACAGGAAGGUCCUGGAAAGAGUUGAACUUGGGCCAUAUCCACAUUGGCUUCUUUGGUUUCUUAACAAAUAGCCAGCCUAUCAUUGCCGAAGGUUGUUGUGAGAUGGGGGCUUUCCAGGAGGACAUUUUUACCAGGAUAACUCAGACUAGUGAAUCCAAAACUAAGUUUAUAUCUAUGAGACUCCUGAAAGCAUCGUAAAAACCAUUAUUUUGUAUGAUCACUUAAAAAAAGGUAAUUUAAAAGAGAAAAUAAGUAUGCUGUGACCUACUUUCAGGUGUUAAACGGAUCCUGCGUAGCUUCCCUGAGCACUCUUUGCCUCUGCUGCAUCCUGUGGUCUUUUUGAGGUCUCUGCUGGAUGCCCCAGAUGACCACCAAAACGCUCCCACACUGGCCUGUUCCACCCGGCUCUCCUCCAGCCAUAUGACUCCCUACACACCUAUGGGCCCUUUCAGCCUGUCUAUCCCCAGGAACUUCCUGUCUUUUACUCAUGUGUGACCUUAUUCUCAGAAAACACUAAAGGUGUCUCCAAUGUAGAUGUGCUGAGCUCUUUCCUAUGCCAGUUGUCUUGGCUUUCAAAUGCUAUGAGGUUCCCAACCACGUAGCUCGCUCUUCCUGAGGAGCCUCUGUGCUCCAUGAGGGUCUCCCUAGGCCACAUCUACACUCUUAAGAGUGUCGUUUGGGGGCAGCCUUGUCAUGGACUCAUUCAUCGCUGUUCCUUCUCUCUAGAAUAAGUUUCUAUGCUGCAGGACUUGAAAAACACUUUCUAUCAUUGAUUAAUUUUGUUAUCUGAUUAAUUUCUAUACUGGCUGGUUGUCUUAGUUAGGGUUUCAUUGCUGUGAAAAGACACCAUGACCAA